AUGUUCGCCAGAUCCGCUCUCGUCUUCGUCUUCUUCGCCCUCUGCGGCCUCGUCGCGGCGUUCCCUCCUGCCUGUGUCAUCGGAGCAGUCAACACCCAGAAUGUUCCUGGCGACUUUGAUACGGUCUGCGGUUCCGCCAGCAACACUGUCCAGAAGCAGAUUGUCAAGUUCUGCAAGGAAGAUGUCGACUCUGGCCUGAAGACCUUCAAGACGAUCUGCUCCGAUGCUGGACAUGAUAUCAAGCUCAUUGAUACCAACACCUCGUCCUCUUCUGAGUCUUCUACUUCCUCUCCAACUGCCUCCAGCACCGGCUCCAAGACCACUUCCGGCUCCACCCCAACCUCGACCUCCGGUUCUGGCUCUGCUCCUUCCAGCACGCACAACGCUGGGUCCUUCAACAAGGCUGACUCGGUGUUCGUAGCUCUGGUCGUUGCUAUCGUUGGAGCUAUUGCCCUUUAA